AUGGGGAAGAACAUUUUGCAUUAUAGAAUUCUAGUUAAUAAUCUUGUAAAGACAUUGGGAAAAAGUAGAGCAGCCGAUUCUAGGGACCCUACAGUUCUUGUCUUUGUUAAGACUACAACCAUUAUAUGUGGAACAGAUAUGGCCAAGAAAAGGAAUGACGAGAAUAAGAAUGGAAAGAAUAAUAGCAACAAUAAGUUCUUGAUUACUAUAAACAUCCUUGGUAGCACUGGACCCAUAAGGUUUGUGGUGAACGAGGAUGACACUGUCUCAGAAGGGAUGGAUGCAGCUCAAAAACUUUAUGCCCACCAGGAGCGCUUUCCUGUUUUUGGUUCUGAUGUAAACAGUUUCCUUCUCUAUCCAGCCAAUGCAGGAUUGGACACUCUUAACCUAUCAGAGUCAAUAGGAUUGCCGGGAGUGAGGAACUUUGUCCUCUGCAAGAAGCAGAGGCAGCCACAGAUGACAGCAGCAAGCAAGGUCGGAGAUGAUUUCUCGUAA